GAUUGGCAGCCAUAUCAAAGCAUGAAUCUGCAGUCGGCUAUACUUCGUCUACAUAAUCCACCUCCUGAUAAUUUAUUAUCAAUAGCACAUUUUAUACUUGGUGCCAGGUGUUUCUGUUUGAAGCUAUGUUUUUCCAGAUGUACGAAGAGUCCUGUAAUAGUAUUGCUGUGCUUUUGCAAAAUUUACAAGAUACACCAGUUGUUCCAGCUACUAACCAUCGGACAUUAUUUUGUGUGGAGGAUGACUUACCAGACCUGCCAGAUUAUGAUAAUAUUGUUGUCCUGCAGUCACUAGCAAGUUUCCAAAAAGGAAAUUAUGAAGUGAUUGUCACAACUCUUGAUCAAUUAGGCAAAAAUGGUGAAUAUUCCAACUACUAUAGAGAUUCCAGUAAUAUAAAGAUGGCACACAUAUGUGCAGCUACAUUUCGUUUUGUAAAAUCAGAGGCUUUGCUGAAGUUGGGGAAAACUGAGGAAUCUCUUGUGGAAUGUAUUAGAUUGGAAGGAGAUCUUUAUUGGGUCAUGGGAAUCACCAGUUCAGCAUGGGAAAUUUGCAUCUUAAUUCUCAAGACAUUGGUGUAUUCAUUGCUCUCAAUGUUGCAUGAGCAGAAGAAAAACACUAAGAGUCAUAGACACUACAAGCGCUUAGCUGCACAAAAUAUGUUAGUAUUACCUCAAAGAAUGGAUUUGCCAUUAUGGGAAGAAUUAUCUGUGUCUGAUAAACUUCUUAUGGAAAGCAUUUACUUUUUUCUAGAUGAUAAAUUAAAGGGCUCAUGAUGUAAAUAAAUUUUUUUUUUUUUUUUUUAGUACUUUUACUGGCCAAUUUGUAAAUAAAUUUUUCUUUUA